GGCCAUUGUUAUGGCAACGAUGCGUACAUCCACGAACACACGUUCAUAGUCACGUUGUACUAAAUAAUGGCGUUUAAAAACCAAAAAGAAAAUAAAUGGGGCAAGGCCUAACCAGAAUCAGACAACGAUUUAGGCCUAGUCACCGGCAACGUCGACCUGUAGACUGGAGUGCUGCCAGGAAUGGACAACGCCAGAGACCCUAUCAAGUCUAUUGCAGGUUGGUCGAUCCACCGGUUCGACAGCCGCGAGUAGACCCCAAAUCUGGCCAAAGGCAUUUUUGGAAAAGUCCAUUUGAAAAGGACCCGGGCCCAAUACCUGAACUCGCCACACUACACAGUUCACCGAAUAUUCCAAAGAUUAGGCAGGUGGUCGUUGUGUACGAAGAGGGCCAUCAGUAUGAAGUUAGCGUAGAACCGUCUGAAGAUGACAUACACGAAGAUAUCGUCCAAGACCGAGACAGACUGAAGAUAAUCGACGAUCAGCUUAACGUACUUAACCGUUCUCUGUGGGAUGCCGGGGACGCGUUGUCGGAAUCCCCAUCAAAUAGCUCGUCUGAUUAUGACGACGCGGUCGAAUCUGUCAACAGCAAGCACAUAUUUUCAUCAAGCAACGGAGACCCUGCUGCAGGAGAAAUAAGCUUGGUCCAAGAACCAUUCCAAAACCCCUGGCCAAUAUGGAUGGUGCCCAUGGAAAGUUAUCCGCUGUUCUUGCAGCCCUUUAUCAACAAGCCCUGUCGACUGUAUCUGAGAUUCGCCAAUUCAAACGUCGCACCUCAUACGAUGGAGAAGUCCGUGGAGGCCAUUUAUUUAAUGCAAAACGUUAAAUUCCUGAAGAUUCAGUUUAUGCAGCAUUCACUGGGCAACAACCAAAUGAGAAUAUCGAUAGAAGAAAGCCACCGAGCAAAACGAGGCAGGAAGAAGGGUUGUUUCAGACCUAUGUAUUGCAAAACUGUUAUUAUUAAUUGCGCGAGUUUGACACUUACAGCAAUUGGUGAAGAAUUUUUGUUACAACUGCAACCACCCCUUGACAACCAAACACCAUCCACCUUCCCCGACAGCAACGGCGAACUGCCCAAACUGUGGGGCCACUACGUGCGCGAACUGGACACCAACCCCAACAUCUCCCUGGAGUGGUCAGCGUGCCUGUGGAAGUGGUACAACAGCACGGAUCAGUACUGGAUCGAAAACUGAGCCAAUACGCUCACAGUCUAAAUGGCGUGUUAUCUCUGUAACUGGUUGGAAAACAUCUUAAUAUUGGUAGUAGUCUGUGCAAUCGUGUUUCACCAAACAAACUGUGUAGAGCGUGUAAGCCCAGCGUUGGUGAUGAAUUUAUGCUUGUUAACCGGUCUUUGCUACAUGUGUGCAAUGUGAGAAGUAUGGAGUGGUUAAUACAAGUUUUGUUACGGUUUAAACAUUUUUUUUAAAAGAUACCAGGUUUAAUUUUAUAUAUUUAAGAAAUGGUCAUUGUGACAUCUUAGGUAUUAAUGGCUGUGAAAUGUUUAAAUUGGGAGUUAUAUUGAAUGGGGAAAGGGUUCUGAAAGGGAUUUCAUUUUACAAAAGUGAUUUAUGUUUGAUGCAAGAGGCAUGAGAAAGCAACAUGCGGACAAGUAAUAAUGUCGUAUUUUUAGUGGUAAAAUAAUUGUUUCAAUAUAAAAUAUGAACAUCAUGUUAUCAAUAAAUCUCCAUAGUUUUAUUUUAAUUUGUUUCUUACUACCAGCAGUGGCGGAUCUAAGGGGUAGGCCACCCCCCUCUCCUAACUUUUGCGACAGUUAUAGUUUAAUUUAAUUAUUUUCAUGUUUUACAUUGGAGAAUCUGAGAAAUACCUUUGGGAACAUGUGUGGCUCUCAAUCACAUGUCAUUAGGGGCCCCCUAAUGGAUUUUCUGGAUCUGCCACUGAUAUUUUAUAAAUAUUUUAUUAAAAAUGUGCAGGAUUUUACUUCAGUAGAAAUCCUCAGCUACUUUCAGUUGGAACUGCCUGUUUGUUAAUUAUUAUUAUAUGUCUAAUAUCUUAUGUAUAUAGAUUUUUUUUGUAUACCACCUAAUUAUGUACAAUACGGGUCAAAUCAGAUACUUCAGUAAAACCUCCACAAAACCUAAAACCCCACCUAAACAUAUUUUUAAGAUAAUUUUAUUCCUGGACAGACAGAAUCUUAAACUGCAUUUAAGAGUUGAACAACUUAAUAUGCCUCAGGCCUGUAGCCAGGAUUUUGAGAAGGGGGUGGGGGGGGGUGGGGGGUGUCGUAUAGGCUUAUGUUGAGGCGCGAAGUGCUGGAAGGGGGGGGGGGGCUGGUUCAUACUGAAAAAAAAGCCACUGGUGGGAGGUGAAUGACCCCCCCCCGACCCCCCAUUGGCUAGGGGCCUGUGUUUAUACUGGGAGAGUAUGUUGUUUUUCUUUCACCAAACAUUAAUGAAAUGCUUGUAAAUAUAAUCAACCAGUCUUGGUGAACUAAUUAUGAACUAGUAUUUUAAUAUUAUUGUUUUACGUGAAAUUAUUUCAGUACAUCUAGGAUGUACCAUAUCUGAAUAUCAUUUUAAUACAUGUACAACUGUUUGUUUGAAUAGUCUUAUAAUAUGAAAAUGAUGUUUUCUAUUUGCAUAGUUUUGUAUUUCAAGUAAGAUUCUUUGCUUUUAAAUAGUCUUUUAGUUGCAUCAAAUCAAAGCUAUUUUGUUUCGAAUGUAGAUUUAACAGUUA